UCGCUAAUAACCAAAGAAAAAGUGUGAUUGCUGCAAGUUUAGGUAUAUGCCAAUAUAAGAAUAUACAAAUAUUUAAAGAUCUCGCAAAAAAGCAUUGAAUUCAAACAGAAUUGGAGGUGUAAAAAGAUAUAUUGACAAUUCACUCAACGUACAGCAGGACGAUAUAACUGUUGCAGGCAAAACAUCGGCGUAAUUUAUAAAUAGAAGCAAGGGAUAAACAAAGCAAUCAGAAUGACGUGGGAGCCGCGAGCAGAUGGUUUGCAACAAAUCAUUACCAUUCUUAAGGAAUCACAGUCGCCGAACACGGCUACCCAAAUGGUGGUUCAAAUGAAAUUGGAAGAGUUGAAUCACUAUCCGGACUUUAAUAACUACUUGAUUUAUGUUUUAACGAAACUUAAAACCGAAGAUGAGCCGACGCGCUCUUUGAGCGGAUUGAUAUUGAAAAAUAAUAUAAGAACCCAUGGGAAUAAUCUACGUCCGGAAAUAGUUGAAUAUAUAAAGCACGAGUGCUUGCAGGCGAUUGGAGAUCCAUCGCCGUUGAUCCGAGCUACGGUGGGCAUUUUGAUUACGACAAUAGCCAGCAAUGGGGGCUUACACAAUUGGCCACAGCUUCUGCCUUCUCUCUGUGAUAUGCUGGACUCCCAGGAUUAUAAUGUUUGCGAGGGAGCGUUUAGUGCUUUGCAAAAGAUAUGCGAAGAUCACGCAGAAGUGUUGGAUUCGGCAGCGCUUAAUCGUCCCUUGAAUGUUAUGAUACCGAAAUUUUUACAAUACUUUAGCCACAACAGUCCAAAAAUACGCUCGCAUGCAAUAGCGUGCAUAAACCAAUUUAUAAUGAUACGCUCCCAAGCCCUUAUGCUGCAUAUCGACACAUUCAUUGAGAGUCUUUUCAAUCUGUCUUCAGACGACGAUCAUGAAGUGCGUAAAAAUGUUUGCCAUGGUUUGGUGAUGCUGCUUGAGGUUCGCAUGGAUCGCCUGCUGCCGCACAUGCCCCAAAUUAUCGAAUAUAUGCUAAUGAGAACUCAAGAUUCGGACGAAGGAGUUGCAUUGGAGGCGUCUGAGUUUUGGCUAUCGCUAGCCGAGCAAAGCAUUUGCAAGGAAGUUUUAACGCCGUAUUUGUCUCAGUUGGCGCCUAUCUUGGUAAAGGGCAUGCGUUAUUCGGAAAUUGAUAUUAUUUUACUAAAAGGGAACGUGGAAGAAGAUGACAUGGUCCCUGACCGCGAGGAGGAUAUACGGCCAAGAUUCCACAAAUCAAGAACCCACACUAUCAAAUCUAAUGAAACAGGAGCAGGGGUGGACGACGACGACGAGGACUUCGAUGAUGGGAUAGAUGACGACAGUUCACUGUCGGAGUGGAACUUAAGAAAGUGUAGCGCUGCUGCUUUGGAUGUUUUGGCAAAUGUCUUUCGCGAAGAUUGUCUGCCCAUUGUUCUGCCAAUUUUGAAGGACACACUCUUCCACCAAGAUUGGGUUAUUAAGGAAAGUGGAGUGCUUGCAUUGGGCGCAAUUGCAGAGGGGUGCAUGCAGGGCAUGAUUCCGCACUUACCCGAAUUGAUUCCAUAUCUAAUAAGUUGUCUCUCGGAUAAAAAGGCUCUGGUCCGUUCUAUAACUUGCUGGACUUUGUCACGAUAUGCAAAUUGGGUGGUUAACCAGCCGCACGAUCAAUUUUUGAAACCGCUGAUGGAGGAACUCCUAAAGCGUAUUCUGGACUCUAAUAAGCGAGUGCAAGAAGCCGCCUGUUCGGCCUUUGCUACCUUGGAAGAAGAAGCGUGUACCGAACUAGUUCCCUAUUUGGAGUACAUUUUGCAAACUUUGGUAUUUGCAUUUUCAAAAUACCAACACAAAAAUUUGCUGAUUCUUUAUGACGCUGUGGGAACAUUGGCGGAUUCGGUGGGCCAUCACUUAAAUAAACCUCAGUACAUUGAUAUUUUGAUGCCACCGCUAAUAGAAAAAUGGAAUUUACUCAAGGACGACGACAAAGACCUAUUUCCCUUACUGGAAUGUUUGUCGAGCAUAGCAACUGCUCUGCAAUCUGGAUUCCUACCCUACUGCGACCCUGUUUACAGAAGAUGUAUAUCACUAAUUGAACAAACCAUCAACCAGGACAUGGCGUGUAAACAGAAUCCUGGCAUUGAUCAUCCAGAUAAAGAACGAAUGAUUGUAGCCUUAGAUUUACUCUCUGGUUUGGCUGAGGGGCUGGACGGGCACAUCGAAUCGUUGGUAGCAAACAGUACUAUAAUGCAGUUAUUAUAUCAGUGCAUGCAGGACGUCCUUCCAGAGGUUCGUCAGUCAUCGUUCGCAUUGCUGGGCGACUUAACCAAAGCCUGCUUUCAACACGUUCAUCCAUUUAUGUCGGAAUUUUUCCCUAUACUCGGACAAAAUCUGAAUCCGGACUACAUUUCGGUUUGCAAUAAUGCCACAUGGGCCAUCGGUGAAAUAUGUAUGAAACUCGGAGAAGAAACAAGACAAUACAUUCAUCUUGUGCUUAAGGAAUUAAUUAUCAUCAUCAACAGGCCGAACACACCCAAAACCCUUUUGGAGAAUACAGCAAUAACUAUUGGUCGUCUAGGUUAUGUGUGCCCAGUUGAAGUGGCUCCUUUUUUGCCAGAGUUUGUAAGACAGUGGUGCACAUCCUUGCGUCACAUCAGGGACAACGAUGAGAAGGAUUCCGCAUUUCGUGGCAUGUGUCAUAUGAUCACAGUGAAUCCAGCAGGUGUUGUACCGGAUUUCAUAUUCUUCUGCGAUGCUAUAGCGUCGUGGGUGAAUCCGCCACAAGAUUUACACCAAAUGAUACAAAAGAUUCUGCAUGGGUUUAAGACUCAGGUGGGCGAGGAAAACUGGCGCCGAUUUGUGGAUCAAUUCCCUCCAACGUUAUCCGAACGCUUGGUGGCCAUGUACAGCAUCUAAAUUGAACGAGUACAGAGGGACACUCAGAAAAUGGUUUUCUGAGUGGUAAGGUAUAACAGGGCAAAUGCUGAAAAAACGUAUGAAGAGCAAAAACGAAAGAAAGGGAAUAAUAUGUUUUAAACCACAUACAUUAUUUAAUUUUUGUCAACUUUAUUUCCGCACGACACACAUUUAAGUUAAGUCUUCUCCUAGAGCCAUAAUCAGGAUUGAAAGUAGCUGUUGCGUCGUCAACACAUUUAACUACAAUUGAUUAACAUUACAACGGUCCAACCAUAAAGACAUUAAAUUAUUAAUAAUAAAUAUAGAAUACUACCACCUACGGUUAAUUAUAAAACAAAACAAAAAAAAAACAUAAAUGUCUCAUGAAAUGUAGCUAAAGAACAUUUCAAUUCAUUCAUUGAAGCUUAACCACAUUCACUAUUUUAAAAUAUUUAGUUGAGGAAGCAAACAAACAUCAUACUAGACCCACACACAUACAUAUGCAAUAUAUUUUAGAAUUAUGCAAAUAUCGCUUUUUCCCCUCCCCCAAACUACAGACAAGUAAGUCGCGCCGUGAUUUCUCCGUUAGAAUCUCAUUCAGCGAACUGUUUUUUUGUUUUGUUUGUUUUUUUUUUCUUUUCUUUUUUCAAAACCAUGCAAGUAUCAUUUUUAAUCGGAACGCAAUCUCCAGCGUAAAUGUACUUUGGAAAAUAUCUGCGUCUAGUGCGUUCCACUUGAAGUGCCCGCCAAAUGGCCCAUUUUUAUGUGGAUUUAUAUUCCCCAUAAAAACAGUGUUCGCAUAUUGACAAAUUUGUACAAAUUGUAACUGGAUGUCCUUGAAAGAACUCAAAGCUGCAAAUUGUUGCCUCAGGUUUUCCUCCUACAGUAAUAAUCAGCUGUUCAAAUAGAUGUAGUUCCAAUUUGUAGCGGAAAGUACGCGAACUUAGUGAACAAUCGAAAGAUGACCACCACAUAAUUUGCAUUCAUCAGAAUUCGAGGGAGUUAAGAAGUCUCCCAUGCGGUCUUUGAUGUGGUAAAUUGCCAAUCAUAUGCAUUUAUUGUCCUAUGUUAUAUCACGCAUUGCCUAGGGUUAGCGUGUAUACCACAAAACGCAAGAAAAAGAGUCUGAAGAGUCGCCAUGGACAUGGACAAUGUAGAACCGCCUCUUCGAAGCGAAUGCAACCGUAAAAUGGUCCAGUGGGAACAUGCGAGUGAACGCUAGACAUUUUUAUUUUAUAUACUAAUUUUGUGUGUAUGCAGCAUACUAUGUUUUAGUUUAUUUUCAUAAGUUACUUUACUCAAUUGGAAGACUUUUGCUUUAAUGUUUACUGACGUACGUACUUAAAUGACAUCUCAGACAUGCUCGUAAUUCUCAAAACAAAACUAAACAAAAACACAUUUUGUACAUAGACGUCCUUCAAUGACCGCGUUCUUUUUUGCUUUAAUUUUUUCUCAUUGAAGUUUUUUUUUCUGUUGAAACUCAUGCCAUCAUUUUCGUCCUUUGAAAUUCCAAAGAAGUGUAUUAAUAACAAGAAAUCGUCGUCUCGCAUAUAAACUCGUUACUUUAUUUGAAUAAAAAAAAAUAAAAAUCAACGAAUAAGUUGCCGGAAGAAUGUGUUUUAAACAUUCUCUGAAACAAAGCGAGAACAUGGGGUCAGAGUGCUAAUGUAGUUAAUAUGAUGUGGGUGAACUAUUUUGGCUCUUGUUCUCACACCUAAAAUUAAAUCGUCGCGUUUCGGGAUUUAUCGGUUUCGCGUUCGCGUUUAGACUCGUCGCUCGUUCGUACGUAACUCGUCAUUCGCUCGUUCGCUCGUAACUUCAAAUUUGGUAAUAUUGCGCGUUCAAACAAAAACAUAAAAAAUAAUUUGUAAAGUACACAAAUAAACACACAGACAAACACACGCAUACAGAAUUCUCUCAUCCAACUAUGAACAAAACAAAGAAUAGUAUUAUAUAUAUGACAUAUUUUUUAUAGAUUUUAUUUUAAAAAAAAAUGUAUAAUUUUUUUUCGACAUUCAUUAGUGGCUACACAAAACAAACUGCUUUCAUUUUCUACCAUUAUGCAUGGGUGGUCGAUGUCACUUACUUGGCACAUUGUUUCAAAACUGAGUAAAUGUAAUUAGUAAGGAAGCACAUUAUAAGUUAAUAAUCAUAAUAUGAAGAAGUCCUCUAAGGAUGGUCUUUGUAAAUUCCGAUCUGAUUUUUGACGAUGAAAGCAAAAAGAAAACAAAAGACUUAUUUUUUUAUAACUAUUAUUAAAAAAAAAAGGAAAAAAUACAUAUUAUAAUAAAUAUAACUAAAGAAGAACAUAUGAAUGAAAUUUUUGUGUUUUAACAAAUAACUGACAAAGAAUAAUGGGGAACUUUUUAAACAAAAUUAUCAAUACGUGUGAUAUAACUUAUGUUUCGGUUUCGCGUCGGGUAUAAAUAAAAUGAAUCUCCGCCCCGGAUUCAAACUAUAAUCUAACACAACUAAACGUCGAUUGUAUAUAAGAAAACUUAAAUUAGUAUAAUAAAAACUAUCGUGAUUUCGUAAGUACCUAAACCAAGUUCGCCGCGGAAUUUGGUCGCGUUCGCGUUUUUCUCGGGUGAUUAAUUAAUCAUAAGAUAAUAGGGAUAACAUAAUCAACAAACUAUUUUCAUAGAAAUUUAUAUAAAAUUAUAAUAAAUAAAGGAAUUAAAUCAAAAAUGCACAUUUAGGUAUUUUUUCAUUUCUUUAGCGUUUUUUUUUUUUAAUUUAUUUGGAAGAUAUGCUUUAAUCUAAAAAUCUGCAUACACAUUUCUUAUCAGCACCAGUUGGAGAAAUUGUACUCUAUUACAUUUAGAAAAUAAGACGCACUCAACCAUCUACAGAAUUUUUUUUGUUUGCAUUGUAGGCUAUACAAGGUCAUGUAAACUUCUUAAAAGAAUCAUUAAAUGCAUAAAAAACAAACAAAUUGUACCAAAUGUGAACCAUGUAUGUAUGGCAUAUUAAAAGUUUCGUUUUUUUUUUAAUAAACAUAUUAUAAUCCCUUCGAAAUAA